AUGAGGUCAAUCGUCGUAAAUGCCUUGGCUUUGGUGCCGGCCGUACUAGCCUCUGGCAACACCUGCCCCUUCAACUAUCCUGCCGAGCUCAACACCACCGAAAGCCAUCAAAUCUUCACUAUCGCAUCGAACAGCCCCGUAACCAACAACCGUGCCAUUCAGCUGAGAAAGAAUUCAUACCUCCAAGGUGGAUUCUUCGCAGGGAUCGAUGCAACGUCCCCUGUUCUCCUUGGCAAUUUUCGAGGCGGAGGCUUCUACAGUGAAGCUUGCAACGACGUCAACCAGCCGUACGACCUCGGACCAACGGGAUACCUAAGCGAACGCGACGAGAUCAAUGGCACCCAUCGCUACAAUGUUGGUUUCACAAAUGCCACCAUCUGGCCCGGUAAGGUCGAGCGGUCGUGGUAUCUGUUAGGCGGCAGCUCGGACGGCACAUACGAGUUAUACCACGAAGAACCACUCGAAGUCGUGAAUGGAUCCUUGCUUUGCACGGCAGACAUCGACCUCGACAGCGGCCCCUGGUAUCAGCUAUUCUACAAUACUUGUAUGGAAGUUCCGCACGAGUUCCCUGGAUGCGAAUACGUCGGGGUGACGACGACGGUCGCUGCGACUAUCUACAAUGGCAAAUGUGAUAUUGCCGGCUUGGUUGCAUCGUGA